AUGUUCACCCACAAGAUGUUCCAAUCAGUCAAACAUGUGGUUGAUCUUUGGGAUCAGUAUGUCAUUGGGUGUAAUGGGAGAAUGCCGGUGAGGGAGCUGAGUGAACUGUCUGACUUCAAGAAGGAUGCCACGGAAAAGGGAUUUCUUCAGAGGCGAUCUCCAAUCUACAACCAAGUCCGCAGUUUGGCCAGCAAGAGGAGGAUCACCGAGACGGACACUGCUCAUUUGCUAGAGACCUUUGGAUUGGCGCGUAACAUGGAGCUCAACAAACUCUGUGAUACACUGAAGUCUGCUGAAAAAGUAACUCUACAGAUUGACAUUUGA